AUGGGGGCCGGGGCGGGGGUCACCGGGGAGAGGCAGGGGGCGGGAAGCGCCUCUCCCUGCCCUCUCCCUGCCCUCUUCCCGCCUCCCGCGGCCGGGAAUCUCCGCCAGGAACGCGCGCACGCCGCCGCUCUGACAGCGGCGGGGGAGCGGCUUCGGCUGCCCGCCCCUUCCCUCGGUGCCUGGAGCCGCGCUCGCCGGGCUGCCUCGGGGACCUCCCGCCUGAAGAGAGCGCUUAGCACGCUAAGCCGAGCUCCGUGGCGAGGAAGCUCCCAACUUCCAGGCCACAGAGUGCUCAACUCCAAACAAUCCUCGAGGCGUCACUUUGUUAACCCGAGAUUAAAAACCCCACUGCUGCUCAAAACAUGGAUUUCAGAGCCCAAGGUCCAUCAAAAGGUAGAUCAGAGGAUUUUAUGUGGUGCAUCUACACUAACUUUUCCAGCAGACUCCAAAGGAACUGCCAGAUCAUCUUCAGAGAUGGCUUUCCUGGGCGAUGAGGAAAUCCAGACAGGAACCAGCAGUCAGCUGUCUGAUCUGAGUGCAGCCCCACACAAACACCAGAGUCAGCAGCAGGGACCUUCUGGAGCCUGGUGUCACAUGCCAGGCUCAAGGAGCACAGCACAAGAGCAUGGGUGACCUUGAGUCACUCCUGCUUUUGAGCAGAACAGGAUAUUGAAAGCCUCAUUCCUUUUACUGCACACUUUUAAUUUUUUUUUUAAGCUGGAGACUAAAUUGAAUUCUUUUAAAUUAAAUUAAAUGUUGGCUUGCAAGCUGCAGACAAGACCUGUCAGUGGCCUGGUUACAGAGAUCAUCAGCCUCCUGCUCUUGCAUGCUUGUUUUUCCUCUUAACAUUUAUUCUCUCUGUGUGCCAGCCCAGCAAGGUUGUUUUAUCCCCAGGAGGCCUCUUCCCCUCCCCUGGCUGCAGUGCUCCUCAUCUGGGAAUAUUUGCUCUGGUAAAAUGCCAGCACAGUUCUUCUGCAGGAGUAACUUAGAUAAAUGCAAGACUUGGGCAAAACUAAAAGCCUUAAUCCAAGUUUGGGACUGGAUUAAGAGCAAGAACAUGAAUUUUCAAAAUUCAUGCCCCAACACUGAGCUAGCAGUUUAACUGGAGUCCAGUUCAAUCUCUGACCUCGUGUCUGGAAUGCUGCUGGAAGCCACAAGCAUCAGAGUCAGUUUUAAGUGUACCCACAUUUAAGUUUCAGCACUUUACUUUCAUUGCUCUUUCAGCAUUGCAAACUUUUUAGCAGGGUCCAUGUCUAACUAGGCUUUGCUGUCACAGCAUCAUUAGAAGACAAAUCCAAAUUGAUUUACCCCAGAUAAUACAGAAUACUCAAAAUUUGGCCACGAAUAUCUUGUAGGUACAGACAAGGCAUUGCUGAGCAUGAGAGACUGCCACCAGACUCUGAAUCACUACCAAGGUGGUCCAGACACUU